AUUUCACCCUCAAUCGCGGGGCUACGAAUAAACUCAGUGGAUUGAUUCUAGAAAACUACGCUCAAAAAAUUACAUGCAAAAUGACAAAAUUCCGUCCCUGUAUCGAUCUUCACUCUGGUCAGGUUAAGCAGAUUGUGGGCGGCACAUUGAGCUCCCAAGUCAGUGAUCUGAAGACAAACUACGUUUCGAAACUCCCCGCAAGCCACUACGCAGAUUUAUAUAGGCAACAUGGUCUGCGCGGCGGCCAUGUUGUGAUGCUUGGAAAGGGGAAUAAUGAGGCUGCUGAGGAGGCUCUGAGGACUUGGCCAGGGGGGUUACAGGUUGCUGGGGGAAUUACGGAUCAGAAUGCGCAGUAUUGGAUUGAGCGAGGUGCGGAGAAGGUCAUAAUCACCUCUUUUCUCUUCCCACAAGGCAAAUUCUCCCUCGAUCGAUUAAAGUCCGUUCUAUCCUCGCUAGGAAACGAUUCGUCAAAGCUGGUCUUGGACCUGAGCUGUCGAAGGAAAGGGGAUACAUGGUUCGUGGCAAUGGACCGCUGGCAAACCAUCACCGAGAUGGAAAUAACCAAAGAGUCAAUAUCCAUGCUCGAGCCGUAUUGCUCCGAAUUCCUCAUUCACGCCGCCGAUGUUGAAGGUCUACAACAAGGGAUUGACGAAGAUUUGGUUUCGAAAUUGGCUCUCUGGUGUACGAUUCCGGUUACAUACGCUGGGGGUGCAAGGCAUCUUCAAGAUCUUAUAAAAGUUCAUGUUAGUAGCGGAGGGAAAGUCGAUUUGACGAUAGGCAGUGCUUUGGACAUAUUUGGGGGCUCUGGAAUUACGUUUGACGAAUGUGUGCAGUGGAAUAGAGAGCAUUAAAUUUAUAAAAGGUCUUAUACGGUCUAUUGACAAUAAUCAUCCGGGCCUAUGGGCCAUGAAAACCGAACAGGGCUGCAAUGCCGCCAGUUGGCAGCAAAUCCUACUCAACAAGACUGCCAAAAGCGGCUCCUGGAAUCAUGUGCCUCUAUAGGGUAUAAUAUAAAAUUGCUUCACAUGUGCCGCGCGUAUACCAUAUCAAUACACGGAACGACUAGCCAAAUUCUGUACCAAACAUACAUACUUAUAUCGAAUUGAAAA